AUGGAUCUGUCCCACCGGUUCUCCAAACAAGAGCUGGCCCUGCUCUACGAGGAGGUCCUCUACACCAUCUGGCACCGUCUGGGCAAGCCUGAGCAUCACCAUGUUGCCGACUCCCGGGAGCUCUACACCUACGUGCAAAAGGCUUUCGGCAUGGAUGCGGAGCAGCACAGCAUCAUCCUGCAGCAGGUCCAGGACCUGGAGAGCCCAAUUUUCUGCCUGAAGGCGACUGUGAAGGAAGCCAAGUGGAUUCUGGGGAAGGACGUCAGUGGGUUCAGCGACCCGUACUGCCUGCUGGGCAUCGAGGCCAGGAGCCAGGAACCAGCCCACCCUGACCACAAGAAGCGGAUGAAGGCCGUGGUCAAAGACCUCAUCCCUGAGGACCAGAUCCAUCGCACACAAGUCAUAAGCCAGACCCUCAGCCCCGUGUGGGAUGAGACAUUCAUCCUGGAGUUUGAGGACACGGAGACAGCCAGCUUCCACCUGGACAUGUGGGACUCGGACGCGGUGGAGUCGGUGCGGCACAAGCUGGGGGAGCUGACAGACCUUCAUGGCCUCAAACGGAUCUUCAAAGAUGCUCGCAAGGACAAAGGGCAGGAUGAUUUCCUGGGGAACGUGGUCGUUCGCCUGAAGGACCUGCACUGCUGGAAUGACCGGUGGUACCAGCUGGAGCCACGGACUGAGACAUAUCCCAACCGGGGACAGUGUCACACACAGUUUCUGUGCCUUGUCUCUCCUCAGAGGGCCACCACCUGCAGCCGGACACAGCCCAGCUACACUGUCCAUCGCCACCUCCUGCAGCAGCUGGUGUCCUACGAGAUCCUUCAGCACCAGGCUGGCAGCACCUCCUGGGACGGGGAGCUGAGCCCCCACGCCAGCACCGUGCUGUACCUGCACGCCACGCAGAAGGAUCUCUCUGACUUCCACCAGGUCAUGGCGCAGUGGCUGGCAUACAGCAAACUCUACCAGAGCCUGGAGUUCAACAGCAGCUGCCUGCUCCACCAGAUCACCAGCAUCGAGUACCAGUGGGUGCAGGAGCGCCUGAGGCCAGAGCAGAAAGCAGAGCUGGCUGAGUCCUUCCAGUCCUUGCUGGCUUAUGGGGUCUCCCUCAUCCGAAGGUUCCGCAUCAUUUUCCCCCUCUCCGUCCCGAGGUCCAUGGAGAGGCUCCAGUCCCUGCUCCAGGUCCUGGUCCAGAUGUGCAAAAUGAAAGCUUUUCAUGAGCUGUGCACGCUCAGCCCUGACCUCCCCCAGAUGGUCUCCACAGCUCUCAAGUCAGGCACAAAGGAGUGGUUUCACAUGAAGAAGCAGCACCUCCAGCCCAUGGUGAAGAGUGUGGAGGAGAAUGGUAAAGCCUUGUCCAGACUGCUCGUGGAGGUGAUAGGAGAUCUGCAGCAGUGCCAGAAUAUCUGGAAUAAAUUCUUCAUCAGGACCUUGAAGUUAAAUCUCUUCUCCAUCGCCUACCUGGAGCUGGAGAGCCUGGUUGCAGAACAUGUCCAGGAGCAGCUGCACGAGGUGGACAGCAGCAUGUCCAAGCCCACAGCUGAGAGCCUUUUCCAGCUCUACAUGAACCUGCAGGAGCUCUAUCGGAUGAAGGACUUUGUCCCAAAGAGGGAUGGACCUCUGGCUCUGAGCAAUUUCCACCAGUGGUUCAAGGAAGCCGUGCCCCAGUGGCUGCAGAAGGCCUACACCAUUGCACUGGAGAGAGCACAGAGAGCUGUCCAGAUGGACCAGCUGACACCCUUUGGGGAGCACAACAAGCACAGCACGUCCACUGUGGACCUGUCCACCUGCUAUGCCCAGAUCGUGAAGACCUGGCAGCAGCUCAACUGGCCAGACCCUGAGGAAGCCUUUAUGAUCAUGGUGAAGCUGGUGGAGGACAUAUGCAAGAUCGCCCUGAUGUACUGCAGGCUCAUCAAGGAGAGGGCUGAGGAUCUGUCACUGAGUGAGCAGAGCGAGGCCAAAGCAGCCAACAGGCUCUGCAUCGUGGUGAACAACAUCAAGCAGCUGCGGCUGCUGAUCCGGAAGCUGCCGGCACAGCUGGACUGGGCGCAGCUGGAGCAGCGCACCGGGGCCGUCAUCGACCAGCAGCAGAUCCAGCACACACUGCACCACCAGCUGGACAGCACUAUCUCCUGCCUGGACCACCAGGUCCGGGAUGUGGUGCAAGCCCUGGCAACUAAGCUGGAAAAGGGCAUCGCCAGACACAUCCAGGAGCUCUCAUCUUCCAGUGACACCCGGGAGCCUGAGGAUUCCAUCAUCCCACUCAUGAAGUUCCUGGAGUCAGAGCUGCAGUAUCUCAACGAGCAUCUGGUCCAGGAGAACUUCAAAAGCCUCCUCGCUCUCCUCUGGCAUCACACCUUGGACGUGCUCUCAGCAGCUGCAGGGCAGCAGGUCCCCUUGGCCCAGAGCUAUAAGAAGCUUCACUGUGCCCUGAAGAGCCUGGAGCUGUGCUUCUACGCUGAGGGCUGUGUUCUGCCACUGGAGACUCUACACACCCCAGCCUUCCUGUCGCUGGAGACCCACCUGGCUCUCUGCUCCGCCACCAGCCGCAAGCUCAUCCAGAAGUACUUCAGCAACAGGAUCCAGCAGCAGCUGGACACCAGCUCAGAGAAGUACGGGGCCGUGACCAUCAAGGCCCUGUACCGCCCUUCGGAGCAGAAACUCCGGGUGGAAGUGCUCAACGCUGCCAACCUCAUCCCCCUGGACUCCAACGUCUGCCACCUGCCUGGCCUCGAUGCCCAGGAGGACCAGGCUGACCCGGGACGGGUCCCCCAGACCCGCCUGCCCCUCACCCACCCCAAACCCACCGAUGAGAUCCUCAGGCUGCUGGAGUCCAGGAAGGGGGACAAAGAAGCAGAAGCCUUUGUCAAGCUCCGCAAGCAACGAGCCAAGCAGUCCAGGGAGAGGGAUUGA